CCAAGACAUCCACCUCAACACCCUCACGUAGUACACACUGUACUGUGAGUCCCAUCACACACACACGCUCAUACUCAUACUCAUAGGCGUCACCCAGUCAUGCGCAAUGUAGAUAGGCACCACCACACGAAAAACGGCCGCCUCGCCGAACGAACCGAAAACACACGGAAAAACCAACCGCCAGCAACCCACACGCACUCUCACAGGCUCACAAACACGCAAUUAGUUUCGCUCACUUGCCCGCCACACCCCCUCCCCUCCAAACGCCCACCCCCUCAGUCGGGCUCGCCAUCCCCACCCCCACCACUCUGCCCAUUGCUCGCAUCGACGGCGCCAGACCUCCACCUUUCACCUUUCCCGGCCUGCCUCUGGUCGUCACAGCUCUCGACGGACGAGGAGCAAGACUCACCGCCCUCGCCGUGGCGCAAGACAGCACCUGGUGCGGUGUAAGGGCCAGGUGCGGGGCGGGAGGGGGACGAUGGCGGGUGGUUGUGGGCGCCGGGCACCGUCUGGACGCCCGGCUGCUGCUGCUGGCUCUGCUGGUGGUCAGGGUCGCUCUCACUCUCGGCAUCCGCAUAAGCCUCCCCGUCGUCUUGGCCCACUCCCAGCCCGCUUGGCUGCGCUUCCACGCUGCAUCCCUCCAGCCUGUCGUUGUGGGCAAUUUCUCCAUAGCUCCAUUGUGGGCUGUCGGGUGCGCCGUUGUGUCCUCCCGCGGCUGGCUGAUCUGCUGCCAGCGGGUCGGCCACGUCUGCCUGGUCGUCUGGAGGAAGGAGGAACCUUGGGUCUGGGUGAGAGGUGAGUUUGCCGGAGUGGGAGAGGAGCGACCUCAGGGCCGACUGUCGCACCAUGUGCGUCAGCAGAGGGAACAUCUGCAGCAAGUUCAGCUGAGGGAGAGAGAGAGAGAGGGGUUGUGUUGCGUGAGGCGUGUUGGUGGUUUGGUGUGUGGGCGUGCCUGUAUGGCGUGUGCAGGAUGUGGGAAGUAAGCGCCUCCCUCGCCGCUGAUGGCCCUUGCGAGGCUCCACUCCGCGAACUGGCUAGCGGGCACCCGGAACCACGUGUGCGACGGCACACCGGGGUUGUACAACGGACCUACGCACACGACACGUGUGACACACAUGACACACUCCGUACGUGGCACAUGGCGAGAGUUCUUUGCAAAGGCUGGCGGACAAUCCACCGCACCUGCGAUAGCGCUUUGCACGGUGACGUUGUGUUGCUUUAGUUCCAUCUGCAGGGCCUCGCACCAGGUGUCCAUAAACGACUUGGACGCUGCACACACACACCACACACACAGACGCAUUGCCUCCCUGCCUCCCACUCUCACUCUCACUCUCACUCUCACUCACCAGAGAGUUCCCGCAGGAUGGGCAUGGCCAGUCUGCCCGCGAAGCCCGACACGUGUAUGACGACCCCUUUCCGCCGGCUCCGCACCAUCUGCUCCACCACCUGACGCGUCAGCACCAGCAUGGGCGUUAUGUUGACACUCGACACCUCACACACAGCCGACAAUGGGGUCUCCACCAGAGGGGCGGGCGGCCUGUACAGGUGGCUGCCCAGGCCGCCUGACCGACCAGACCAAAUCAACCGUCGUGUGGGUGAGGGUCUGUCUGUCUGUCUGUCUGUCCAUCUGUGUGUGUGUGCGGUCAUCGUAUACCGAUGUUGUUGACGAGUAUGGUGGGUCCGUGUCCGAGUGGUGGCUCUAUGGCGUCGCGGAAGAUAUCGGGGCUGGGGAAGGUGCCAUCGAUGCCGUCCCUGCUCUCAUACCUGCCCAUUCGCACACACAGACACACACAGACACACACACAUCCACGAGCCAUCAACGCGCGAGAGAUGGCGGCAGCCAGCCAGACAGGUGGGCACACGGGUGACGUGACCUACGUGUAUUUGGUGACGAGUAUGGAGGGGUAUGUGUCUUGGAGCGAUUCCGAGAGGGUGAGCAGCUUGUCGGACAAGGCGUUGGAUAUCAGAGCCAGGUUGUACCCCUUGGCCGCCAGGGCGUUCGCGUACGCCUCACCGAUGUAGUCACUCACUCCUGCACCCAACACACAACGCGCAACACACAACACACCAUCCAUCUCUGUGUGUGUGUGUGUUCAGCCGUCUAGUCGGUCGCUCACCGGCCACUACAGCCCACUCGGUGCCGUGUGUGUGUCUGUGGUUGGAGUAUUUGAUUGCCGCCCGCAGCAGCCGCCAGAAGUAGCGGCAGGCCCGGGAGCCAUGAAUGACCACCACCGAUAUGCCCAGCACGGCCAGCGCAUUGCGGGAGGAUGACACCAGCCACCCACGGGAGCUCAUCUCAUCGCAGUGAAGGUCGGCAACACAUACGCUCCUUCCAGGACAAGCAAAGACGAUGGCAGCAGCGUCGGGCAAAGUGGCGGCUGUUUCGAUCACCCACCGGGGG